GCGGUGUUUUGUCAGUGGUUCCUCCUGAGGUCCUCGUUCGCUGUUUGCUGGCUGUUCGGAAGGGACAUGACGGGACCAUCCACCCAUCCUCUCAAAAUGCCGCUAGGAAAUCGAGAAUUCAUUCCUUGAGCUUUUGCAAGAAAAAAAGACUUGCACACAUUCUCUCCAAUCCCUCACUCUCUCCUCACCUUUCCUUCCAACUUUACGCGCACCUUUCUUUGUUGCUGUCGAGCCUCCUCGCUGGCCCUUGCGCUUCCGGCGCAGGAAAAGUGUUUCGACGCUAAGACUCGCACUCAAAAGUUUUUGGCGUCUUCCAUCACCUCAUCCUCUCCGAAACCACAACGAGCCUGCCCACGACCGUCUGCGCCUCUCGCACUGGCUCUUUGUCUCUCGGCUCAUGGUAGUCUAAGGUGAAACCCUCUGCUCGUCCAAGAGUCGACUGCUCAAAUUCUUGACCAUCUCGGCCCUAGAAGCAGAUCCACCGAAGACUGCCUCAUUGUGCUCAAUUGACGACUCACUUCUUACCCGACCCGGCAAUUCGGAUUGGCUCAAUACCUCGAACCCUCAUCGGUGUUUCACAACUUGGACAUAGCAAGGACUGUUCUCCCAAGGCUGUAAGGUCGACACUAUUCAGACUACGGUUCAAGAGACGUGGAUCGGGCAUUUUCAGAUUUGCCUUGACAGUCAAACAUCAGGACAUUGCACCUUGCAAGCAGAGUGCGUGACGUUACAUACAUCAAGGACCGAUAUCCUUACCCGUCAACGCUCACUACAAACAGAAAAUCACCAGCCUCCUCUGGUGAAGGACUCCAUUUCUAGGACACAGAAUAUCAUAAGAUUGGGAGACUUCGACCCUACCCAUCCUCUCUUGCCGAGACUGCAGCUCCAGCCUAUACUGGUCUCUUUACACUGCAACCAGCUUGUUGCUGGUGAGGGGUCAGGUAGUGGAAUAGUGAGGUGUGCCCACAGUCGACUCGGUCGAGAAAGAUGACUACACCUUCAGGCCCUGCGGCGCCAGUGUUCUCCUAUGCACAGGCUGCCAAGGGAUUCACACCAUCGAUAUCCAGUCAGCCUACGCCUCGCAACGAAAGUCCUGCUGCGUCCGAAAAGCAUGUCCGAGACCGCCCAGCGCCCGAAUCCAAUAGUGCUGCGUUGGCACUUAAGUCUCCGCGGGAGAAGACUGACUCCGAGGUUAAAGUCGCAUCAGACGUCGGAGCUCGAACACCGACUUUUGAAGAUUCUGCAGGAAAGGAGAAUGUCUCUAACACGCAAAAUUUAUCUGUUGCUCCAGAAGGGUUGUCUGAACAGGCCAAUACCUCCAGCACCGAACCCUCGCAGGAUUCUCGAAAAGACGAAGCUAGACCACAAUUGUUGAAUGGACGAACGUACUCUUCUGAGCAGGCUUCCGAGGUUUCCGGUCCAGGUGCUGCCGACAGAAAAUCCAAAGACGCGGAAGAAGAUUGGGAAAAGGUCUCGGUCCCUUCGAUGACAGCCGAGAAAGAGCUGAAAGCAGCCCCCAUUCCAGUUGUCAAUGUUUGGCAGCAGCGAAGAGAGGCCCAGGCUGCAAAAGCGAAAGAAGUUGUUGGACCCCAGCGAAACCCAACUUCAAAUGCCACAAACGCAUCCAGACCAUUGGCUGGCGACGAAGAUGCCAAGCGCAGGUCCACGAGUCGGGAUCUUGAUAGCCACGAACGAAAUGGCAAGUCUGUGGACAUUGCUCGUGCUAAUAGCCGAAAGGAGGCAGCAUCCACUCGUUCUUCGAGAGACAGGGUUGAUGUUGAAGCGCCACCAUCUGUUGCUGAUGCACAAGCGUGGCCGACUCCUGAUAACUCGCAGGUGGAAGAGCGACGUAAGUCGACCACGUAUGAAAAGGCCGAGCAAAAAGGAAAUUCUCAGACGAAAUGGAAGACUAUGCCAUUCGUCCCGACCGCCAAAUUUGAAACCCAGCUUCCGCCUUCUGCCGCACGCCGAGGUGGUAGAGGUGGUGGCCGUGGAAGAGAUUCUACUGGUCGAGGCGGCCAUACUGGCACAGCUGGUGAGAAGCAGGACUUGUCAGGAUCCAUGGGCCCACCCCCAUUGCCGAAGCAGUCAAGCGAACAAGAUCGUGGUCGUCGAUCUGAGGGCCAGCGCGGUCCACGUGGUGGCUCCGUUCCUACUACCAGCAUCCGGCCCGAGAAUGGUGAAGACAACACGCCCGUUUUCCGCAAGCCUUCUGCACCUUUCACCAAGGAACCCAGCAGCACUGAUCGCGGGGAGCAUCGGCCUCCGAAGACAGAGCAGAGUUCCAGGUCUUCUUCACGACACACCGGGCGAGUGGCCGAUCGUGUUGUCAAUGGAGACACGAGCACUUCCGCAGACCAGACUCCUGGCGUAUUUGGACAGUCGAGUGAGCAGCAUGCUCGCUAUCCGUUUUCUUUUGACAGAUUCAAGGGUGCAGGGAAUGGAAGUUCUCGCGGCAGUGGAGAAUUUGCUCGGGAACGCGGUUCUGGGCGAAACCGGGACUGGUCGAGGGAUAAACCUGAAUCCGCACGAGAGAAGGUUGAAUCCUGGCGUGACCGUGAAUCUUCAGGCGACCAAACCACGCGACGUGAAUCUCGAAAUGAGCGUGGCCGAGGUAGCUACCGUGGCAGGGGCAACCACAGCUACAAUCCACCUUACAACUCGUCUCAUGCAUACACAGCCCCCCUGCCUCAGAACGGCUUUGAACCCAGCAGAUCUAGCUCGAAUGUAGAGAGCAGAUCAAGGCAAGCUUCUCAGCCCUUCCAACCAACACAGACACCGAACAACUCACGCAACAACCCACGGUCGCAAUCUAUUCCUGUUGGCAUGAUGUUCCCCGGAUACUACCCAGGCAUGCCACAAGGAGUUCCUGCCUUGCAGACCGACAUGCAAAUGUACGGCUACCCGCAACAAAUGCAGAUGCAGCCUGGAAUCAUGAGUGCUAUGCCUUACAAUGACCCUCUGAAUUCAUAUGCUCUCUUGUCGAUGGUCAUGACUCAAGUAGAGUAUUAUUUCUCCAUUGACAACCUCUGCAAAGAUUUGUUCCUACGAAAACACAUGGACGGGCAAGGCUAUGUGCCACUCAGCAUCAUCGCAAAUUUCAAGCGAAUCAAGACUCUGACUGAGGAUAACAUGACCUUGGACACCCUUCGCUAUGUCUGCCAACAAGUGAAGAGCGUGGAAUUUCUUCCUGGGCCUGACGGAGAUGAUCGUCUUCGCCGUCGGGAAGGCUGGCAUGAUUUCAUUCUUCCGGAGGAUGAACGAUUCGAUUCCGCUCGCAACGACGGCCCUGAACAUAACGUGGACCAAUACAUCCGGUCACCUCACUACGGUCAACCAGCUCAUUUUGACCAGUCCUUUGGGGUGGGCCAAGUACGCAGCCCUCCAUUGAACGUCCCAACGAAUGGGAUAUUCCACCCUGCUUCUCCAAUGUCGUAUCUUCCAGGACCUCAGGUCGACGGUCAUGGGGCUUUCGUUGCUCCUUUCGAGGACAUUGCUUCAGAGGACGUAGCAAGAGCUCCUUACCAUUCAAUACCGACGCCUGUGAGAUCUCCUCCGAGCCAAGGUGGUGAAACUAUGAGCAGCCUUGUCAAUGGUCACCACCGUCAGGGUUCACGAGCUGAUAUCGAGGAGAAUGUGUUCCCAGAUGAGAACAUUCCCAACAUCAACAUUCGCAUGCAACCUCGUCCUACACCAGACCAGGUCGAUUCGGCUGUCGACGCUGCCAAUGCUUCUGCUGCCAUCGGGAUCGAAGCUGGUAAUGGUGACCUCAACGAAGGACCGUCCAACGUUCCCAGUCUGAGUCUGCGCGGAGGUGCAGCUAGCCCGCAGCAGUGAGUCGGCUCCGAAUCUGACCAUUCGAAACGCAUCACUAACAACGCGAUCAGACUCGAUCAAUUCCACAAUCUGUCAUUUGGGUCAGUCGCUACUAUACCAGUGGCUGACUCUGUCAUCUACGUCACCAAGGAUGGCCAUGAGACUCAGCUUCCACCACCACAACUUGGACAGUAUGACCAGAGUUAUCAGUCGCUCCAUGACAUGGCUUUUCGACAGCGACAACUAGGAAUCGAUGAUGCUCUCGAACCGUUGUAUUCCUUCUGGAGCGAUUUUCUUGUCGACAAAUUCAAUGUUGGCAUGUAUCAGGAAUUCAAAUCGACUGCUGUUAAUGACUUCCAAGAAGGCAGUAGCAGCGGCAUGAAGCACCUUGUCCGCUAUUAUGGCAAAGUCUUGGGUGGACCUGUUCCGGUCAGCGAGCGGCUUGCUACAGACAUGGUUACCCUCUCUCGCGAAGACAAGGACGGUGACCGUUCUUUGUUCCAUACUUUGAGAGCUGCGUGGCGCAACGGAGCCACACACAUGAAAACUAUCAAGAGACUAGGUGAUGUCCUCACCAUUGAGGAGAAAGCCGAGCUCGACAAGAGUGGCUGAGCAUAGACAUGCAGUUGAUCUUUGCCAUUGCCACUCACCAUGCAACGUCAUUUUGUUCAACAACAUGUUCUGUCCAUCUUCGAAUGCAGAAUGAUGUACUAUGUCGUUAGUUAUACCAGAAAAGGGCACAAGAUUUGAUCAAUGCUCAACAGUGUUGAAGCAAAUCUACACUACUUCCAUCUCGAAGGGGGUUGCAGAGUGCUAUGUUUGUUUUUCCUGAGCUACCAGCAUAAGCAAUCUUCGUUCGAGCUAGAGGCCAGGAUCGAAAUCGACUGUACUUGACUAUGUUUUAUCACUUGCAUGGCAUCAAAGUUCAAGGAAAUAUGCUCCGCAUCGGAUGAUCAUGCCAUUCCUUCACACUAUCCUGAUAGCGCGCAUGGCCAGGAAUGAUUCAGCAGGCUGAGAUGAACCUUGACCGAAAACGACCCAACUACACUGCCGCGCACGGCGCAUUUGUUAUCACAACAUACGGCCGGUCAUGAUGGGGAUAUCAACAUACCCCUGCGAUGCUGGCUUCACAUUGUUAUCGCACAAACGCACAUUUAUUUCUUUUCCGUUCCGUUCUUGCAUAGAACAUCUCAUCUGUUGUCGGGCAGGCUGAGAGGUUGGGUGGGCAGGCUCGGGCCGGGUUUCAGGAGGUAUGCAAUUUGAGGAAGUCACCAGCCGCGGAACAGUAAAGAUCCAAGUCGAGAGACCGACAGUCGAAGUUCAGAACACGAGAACCUCUAAGACCAUUGCCCGCAGUAUGAGCAUGAAAUGGGAAGCAGUCAGGGUGCCUGGUCACGAUUACGUCGAGCUCUCCUCCACGAAGGAUCGUGUGUGAUUCUUCUUCCUUUAUUCACAUUUUCAAAGCGUCAAACAACCAUGGCAUGCGACGGAGAAAGACAAAAGUUUGUACACAGUUAUCAUGAGAGCCUCUCAAUCAAGUCGAAGGAGGUGAUUGUACCAAUCUUGUAAAGUUCUCUUGAAUCCGUCGACGAAAUCUGUCCCUUGUUGGUGGUCCUCUCUGAGUCUUUGGACGUUUCUAUUGUUGACAGAGAUUUGUCACUAUAAAAUUCGUUCCAACACUAUGAGUCGGCGGCUUUCUUUAGCAUACGGGACCGUUUGACCCAUAGAUUCUCGUCCUUCGGCCCGCCUUUGAGCAACACCCGCUGUGCUGCAAAAGGAUCCAAAUAUUCAGCCAGCAUCAGUCAUCAGUCAGCGUCCUUGGACCAGCAACUUAGCUGUCCGCUUUCCCCGAGCAGAGAUGCCUUGGAGAAGUCUUUCGGCUGCUUUCUUGCCAAAUGGUUCCAAAACCCUGGGCUCGUUCAUACCGCAGACGGACGGGAUCUUGCUUCUCCUUUUUUUGUGCUCCGCUUCGUACCACAGCGGCAGGAAUCGAC